CUUCAUCAUGUCUUUUGGCACAAACACAAAAACGGGAUUUUCAGUUCGGGACCUCCUGGACCUGCCUGACCCGGCGAGCCGCUGCGGUGCCGGGUCAGGGACCGAGGAGACGGAGGAGGAGGACACCGAGGCUCCAGGCGCGGAGACACCGCAGCAGACACUGGGAUUUACCGGCGGCCUCAGCAGGUGGAGCCGCGGGAACAUCAACUUCUCCUUACACGGUCUCCCCUUAAAGUCCCGGUCCGAGCCUAAAUCCCUCGCGGACGCAGAGCGGGACUGCGCAGGCGCAGAGACGCAGAAGAGCCGCGGCCGGAAGCGGCGCGUUCUGUUCUCCAAAGCGCAGACCUUCGAGCUGGAACGUCGCUUCCGGCAGCAGCGCUACCUGUCCGCGCCGGAGCGGGAGCACCUGGCGGGUCUGAUCCGCCUCACCCCGAACCAGGUAAAGAUCUGGUUCCAGAACCACCGCUACAAGAUGAAGCGCGCGCGGACAGAGCGCAGCCUGGAGGCGCUGCAGCUGCUGCCGCCGCCGCGCCGCGUCGCCAUCCCGCUGCUGAUGCGGGACAUGAAGACCUGCGAGCGGAUUACAGCGCAGGACCUGGAGGCGGCGGCGCAGCUGAGGAGCGGCCUGAGCCUGAACCUGUGCGCCUACGCGCCUCUGCUACACGCCGCCUACGGUCCCGAGCAGCCGGGCCUACAGCAGCCGCAGCACCCGGGGCUGCAGCCGCAGCUGCAGGCGCACAUGUGGAGCUGGAGCUGGUGAAGC